AUGCCAUUGCGAGUUAGAAACCUAUUGGAGAAAGUAGGCGAUGAACUCAUUCUAAAAAUUCAACUCGGUCGCACACCUGUUCAAGGUUUUCAUAUUAAAAUACUUGACUGCUUAAGCCUUUCGAAAUUUACUAAUAAACAACUUGAACUUGGUUAUGAUGAAAUCUAUCACAAUUAUUUACUUAUUACUAUUAAGAAUAGUCAUGGACCCCAUGUACUACAACAUAUGCUUGGAAAUGCCACGCAAUAUGCAACUGCUAGCACUGUUCUUAAACUUGAGAAAUCACAGCGCAUUGCUCUCAAAUAUCCAACUAUACCCGAUGAAUUCAUCGAUGUAUAUGAUAUUCCACUAACACCAAAUAAACCAUUAACACUUAAUCGAUUGAUUUCUGCAGCCUCAAAUGUCGACAAAAAUUUUUACAGGUAUGAUGCUAGUACAAACAAUAUGUGCCAAACAUUUGUCGAAGACAUUAUCGAUAUCAACGGUUUAAUGCCUAAUAUUGUUGAUCAAGCAACAUUGAAUGCACUCAAACCAAUCGAUGCCAAAGCAUUAAUUUCUACGCUUGGCAGUCGAUCUUAUAUUGUUAAAGCGAUGACUGACUUGAGUGCCAAAUCAGACAGAUUAGUAUUCGAUCAUAAGAUCAAAUGGAAAAAAUCUCAACCGAAGGAAUUUGUUCUAUUGCCUAAUGCCAAUGUCACUGAUUGGGAAAGUAUCAAUGCUAUAUAUAAUGCAAAUCUAGAGCUCAAAAAAAAUGUACGAUGGCUUCUUCACUCUACACCACCACAAUCGCCGCCCGAAUCACCACUGCACUUCAGAUUUUAA